GGAGUCUCCCAGCUAGGGCCUCAGUUGGGUAGCAUGACCUAAUGGAAAGAUGUGGGUCCCACUCGCACCCCACACCCUCGCCUGUCCCCAGUACCCUGGGAUUUGCAGCUUCACCUUCCUGCCCCCUCCACACUGAGACCAGCCCCUUAAAGCCCCGACUCAGCCUUUGCCCUCGGCUUUCCUUUUCAUUUCUCUGGCGUCUGGUCUUCCCAGCACCCACCCGCCCGCCCUCUCAGGGAGGUGCCUCAUGGCAGCCCGCCUCUCGGCACUGGUUUCCUCAGGAAAGGCCUUGGAAGGAAGCAGGGAGGGGGUUGGGAGCCGUGGGGGCCAGACUAACCCAAGCCCUCCCGCUGGACUGGCCGCCAUGGGGCCGAGGCUGCUGGUCUCACUGUUGCUGCUCUGGACACAGGGGACCCAGGGGUCCAACCUGGACCCCAACGGGCGGCAUGUCUGCAUGGCCGGCAGCCCCUCUGCUGAGCUCCAGUGCUGCCCAGGCUGGAGGCAGAAAGACCAAGAAUGCACUAUCCCCAUCUGUGAGGGGCUGGAUGCUUGCCGGGAAGAUGAAGUGUGCGUGAAACCAGGCCUCUGUCGAUGCAAACCUGGAUUCUUUGGGGCCCAGUGCAACUCCCGCUGCCCGAGUCAGUACUGGGGCCCAGAUUGCCGUGAGACCUGCGCCUGCCACCCGCACGGCCAGUGCGAGCCGGCCACGGGCGUGUGCCACUGCCAGGCGGAACGCUGGGGCAGCCGUUGCGAGUUCCAGUGCGACUGCAGCCCCCACGGGCGUUGCGACGCCGCGACGGGCGCGUGCCGCUGCGAGCCCGGCUGGUGGUCACCCACUUGCCGCCGUCCGUGCCAGUGCAACCCGGCGGUGGCGCGCUGCGAUCAGACCAACGGCUCCUGCCGCUGCGAGCCGGGCUGGUGGGGCCGCCGCUGCAGCUUCCGCUGCGCCUGCCACGGCUCGCCGUGCGCGCAGGAGACCGGCCGCUGCGUCUGCCGGCCGGGCCGGUGGGGUCCCGAGUGCCGGUAUGAGUGCGAGUGCGUGCGCGGCCGCUGCAACGCCGUCUCCGGCCUGUGCGCCUGCCCGCCCGGCUUCCGCGGCGCGCGCUGCGAGCUGCCCUGCCCCGCCGGCAGCUACGGGCCGCACUGCCGCGACAGCUGCGGCCACUGCAAGCAGAACAAGCCAUGCUCUGCAGAUACAGGCAGCUGUGACUCCUGCGAGCCGGGCUGGAAUGGAACCCAGUGCCACCAGCCCUGCCCACCCGGCACCUUUGGCGAGAGCUGCCGGAAGCAGUGCCCCCACUGCCGGCUUGGGGAGGCCUGUCAGGCAGACACUGGGCACUGUCAGCGCUGUGACCCUGGGUGGCUGGGGCCCAGAUGUGAAGACCCCUGCCCGCUCGGGACCUUUGGGGAAGGCUGCACCUCUACCUGCCCCACCUGUGUUCAGGGGGCCUGUGAUGCUGUGACUGGGGAAUGUGUCUGCGACGUUGGCUACUGGGGACCCAGCUGCAACACUUCAUGCCCAUCUGGCUUCUAUGGCAACAACUGCUCUAUUCCCUGUGAAUGCCCAGAGGGAUCCUGCCACCCUGUCUCUGGGGCCUGCCAGCUGGGGCCUCACGGUCAGGAUGCCGCCCUCAUCGCGGGCAUCCUUGUGCCUCUGCUGCUGCUGCUCCUGGGCAUCGCCUUCUGUGCCUGCUGCUGCUGGGCCGCCCGGUUGGACCCCAAGGACAGGCCAGCGAAAGAUGAAGCCGCCGUGUCCAGGGUGAAGAUGCAGGUCUGGGGGGCGCUGACUAGCCUGGGCUCGGCGCUACCCUGUGGUUCCCUCAGCAGCCACAAGCUUCCCUGGGUGACAGUCUCACACCACGACCCGGAGAUCCCCUUCAAUCACAGCUUCAUUGAGCCGCCCUCCGCCGGCUGGGCCUCGGACGACUCCUUCUCUUCUGAUCCUGAGUCUGGCGAGGAGGACGAGGGCCCUGCCUACUGCGUGCCACCCCAAGAAGGGAUGGCCACUGUGGCCCACGGAGAGUUUCCAGAGGCCAGCCUGGCUGGAGGUCCCAUCCCUCCCCCUGAGGACGCCUCCACACCAUUCCCUAUCCCACGCACUUCCAGCCUAGCACGGGCCAAGCGGCCAUCAGUCUCCUUUGCUGAAGGCACCAAGUUUGCACCACAGAGUCGCCAAAGCUCAGGGGAGCUCUCCAGUCCUCUCCGAAAGCCCAAGAGGGUCUCCCGUGGGGCCCCGCUGAGUCCGGAAAGCCAGGAGGCUGAGGAGUCCUCGGGCCCGGAGAAAGCAGAAACGGAUGAGACCCUUCCUGGUGCUGCCAGCCCCAGGGAUCCAGCCAUUGGCCGCCGCCGGCUCCCACUUGGUGGCCGGACAGUGGCUGAGCGUGUGGAAGCCAUUGAAGGCAGUGUCUCAGAGGGCUCAGGCUCCGUGACCACGAUCUACAUGCUGGCAGGGACACCCCAGGUAUCUGAGGGCCCCGUCCGGUCUGUUCUCCGUCGUUUUGGUAGCUUCCAGAAAGGCCAGGCAGAGCCCAAGGUCAAGAGUGCCAUCCCCAAGCCGCCACGCCGGGCCCUGAGUCGAAAUAAGGACAGCCCCGGGCUGGGCUCCAGCACUGCCAGUCAGAGCCCCAACUUAGCCCCGAACCAUGAGCUCACUAGGGCCUUAGAGUCUGCGGGAACUGGACCAGAGGAAGUGGCCAGGGGACUAGGCGAUGGCACCAAGAACUCGGGGAGGGCCCAGGAGCUGACCCCUGAGGGUGGCCCCCAGGAACAGGAUCCCCAGAAGCUGUCUGAUGAGGAGGGGCAGGAGGAGCCCCAGUAUGAGAAUGUUGCACCCAUCUCUGGGCCACCAGCACCCUGAGAACCUUGAAUUGGGGGAGAAGGAAGACUAUGGAUGGAGGGUAGGCAUACGAACUGCCCCUGGCUCAGAUUGUGUUUUGCUGGAAAAAGAUCCCAGGGCCAGGAAAGACAUACCAGAGCCUCUGCCCUUUCGUGGGGAAACGUCAGAGUUGGAGGCCAGUUGGCUCUGGGCCCUGGCAGUGCUCUGGGAGUGGUCUCGAAGGCCUGGGCAGCGACCCCCAUUGGGUGUGGUCAGGAAGGGGAAAGAGAUGACCGUGGGGACUUUUUCUCUGUUGUCCUGGACUCUGUUUGCCCCCAAAGGCUAUUCUUUUCUUCAUUUGGAGAACAUUUUUCUGAAAUGGGAAACAACCUAAAUAUUCAAUGAUAGAAGAUUGGCUAAAGCAAGAUUGCUUAUGAUACUUUCCUAAACAACCAUGAAAAAUCAUGUUGUGCAAGAAGAUUUAAUAUGGGAAAUAUGGGAGACUGUUUAUGCUUUCCUGUUAAGUGUAAAAAAGUACGUUUUCUUCUUAUAAAUUUCAUUUCCUUUUCCUUCACGAUACAUGUUUAGAAUCCUUCUGUUUUGUGUGUGUUUUGUGAUUGUUUUGCAAACUCUUUUUUUUUUUUUGUAUAUGCAUAAAAAAGAUUCGGGGGAACAGCAUCAAGUGGCAUUUUUUUCCUGGGAGAUGAGAUAGUGGCUGAUAUUUAUUUUCCUCCGUCAUAAACUUCUGUAUAAUUUGUAAAUGUUCUAUAGUGAACAUUCUUUUUACUUUUCUCCCUAGAUUUAAUUUUUUUUUUACAAAAAAAAUAUAAAAAAACAAUGUUGUUAAAAAUAAAAAAGUACUAACAUUACAGAUAUGUAUAGAGUAGAAAGGAGAUUCCCCCUUUCCCCAGAGGAGUCUGAGGGACAGGGGAGGGGCCAGACUUACUUGUCAUUGAAUGCCUUUUGGUUCUGAAUUCUUUUCUCACAUACUUGAAUUACCGAGUCAGGACAGAAACAGCAGCUCCCUCUUCCAUCCCAGAGCUCAGAGAAUCUUGCAGACAGCUUAGAUCCUUCCUUUUAGAGGUUUUCCUGUGCACAUAUCGUUGUAGAAUUUGGUUUUUUACUUAAAUAUGCUCUGGAUAUCUUCUGAUGUCAGUAAUUAUAAAGCUACCUCUUUUUAUUAAAAAAUGGCUGCAUGGGAUUCCAUCAUGUGGAACUAACACAGGUUAUUUAAACCAUCCCCUACCCAUGGGAAGUUGGGUCAUUUCUAAUUGUUUUGAUACAAUAAAUGAUUCGGUGUACAA